AUGCUGGAGUGGGUUGGGGUUUGGGUGGUGCAGUGGGGGGAGGAAAGUGGUGUCUAGGGCUCUAUUUCACGUUCUUAGAGGAACAGGACUAAUGAAGAAAAUGUAACGUAGGUAGGAUGUGACUGGCCUCACACUCCAGUACAGCAGGUGGCAGUGUACGCACCUUAGAAGAUGCAAUCCGCCAACCUAAUCCCGAAGAAGAAGAAGACUGAGAAGAAAGUACACGUAUCCUCAGUGAAGUGACAGCUCAGAUAUAGCUACAGAGGCUGGCAUCAGUAUGGAGGAGAAAAUAGACGUGGAAGCGGGAGAAAAUCCCUUUCAACCUUAUUUAGACUCUUUACGGAAAGUGUUGGAAGACCAAGACCCCAUAUUUAUUGUCGGAAUUAUUGUUUCUUUGGCUGUUGUUGUCAUCACUUUUGGUAAGUUUAACAAGCUAAACUCAUUCCAGCUCACGUUAACUCAGUGUUCCCCAACUCCAGUCCUUGAGUAACCCCAACAGCACACCAUUUUGUUCUAGCCCCGGACAAACAUACCUCAUUCAACUCAUCGAGGGCCUGAUGAUUAGUUGACAAGUUCAAUCAGGUGUCUUUGUCCGGGGCUACAAUACAAAUGUGUACUGUUGGAGGUACUCGAGGACCGGAGUUGGGAACCACUCCCGUUAGCUAGCGACUCCCUAGCGAGGCCUCACAUCCUCGGGAACAAAUUGAGUGUAAAUCCGUUUUUGAGGUGUCGGCCUGCUGGCUUCAGCCUGCUGGCUUUCUAUGCUGUGAGAUUUUCAAACAAGCUUUUCGUCUUUUUAUCAAGCCUGCUAUCAAAGGUUCGGGUAGUUAGCUUGCCAGUUACCAACUGUGGUCACUAGUGAUCUAUCUAGUUACUGUACUAGUUACGCUGUUUGUCAGGUGCUCGUCUGCUAUGUUGGCAGCUUUGUAUGGUAGCUAAAACCAAACCGUCUUAUGAUUGGUUUACAUUUCAGUGUUGUUGAAGUACUUCAUAAGCAGCAAAACUGUCCAAAGUGCUGUGCUGCUGGUUGGUCUCAGCGAUUCUGGAAAGACCCUUCUCUUUAGUCGAGUGAGUACAGUGCAACAUAUGGCAUGUCCAUUCCAACUAUUUGCAUACGUUUACAGAUGGCAGAAGUUGUGACACUGAUGGAUGUUCAUUGUUGCAUGUAAAUGUUUGCAGUUGUUGUCAGGAAAGUUCAAGAAGACCCAGACCUCGAUCACAGACAGCAGUGCCCCCUACAAAGCCAAGAACGAGAGGGUGAGGAAACUACUGUGGUGAGGGAGUGGGUUGAAGGAUCAGGAAUGGAUCUGGAACUGUAGAUUUUUGUAAAUAUUUUUUUUCUUCAUUAUAUGACAAAUGCAUUUGUCAAAUGUGUCACACACUGGCUUGACUGUCCCCAUGUCCACCCUCGCUGUGUGCAGGGCAGCAGCUGGACCCUGGUUGACCUGCCUGGACAUGACAGUCUCCGGCCUCAGUAUGUGGAGAAGUUCAAGUCAGCCGCCAGGUGAGUAAAGAUGGAAGGCGUUUGUGUUCAGGGGAGGUCUAUAACUUAUGUAAGACAUGCCACCAGAGGUCUCUUCACAAUCCCCAAAUCCAGAACAGACCAUGGGAGGCGCACAGUACUACAUAGAGCCAUGACUACAUGGAACUCUAUUCCACAUCAAGUAACUCAUGCAUGCAGUAAAACCUGAUUUUAAAAAUACACCUUAUGGAACAGCGGGGACUGUGAAGAGACACACUGUACACAUAACAUAUGCAAUACACACACGUACUCAUGGAUUUUGUGUUGUAGAGUAGGGGUCUGAGGGCACACACUUAAUGUGUUGUGAAAUGUAUUGUAAUGUUUUUUAAAUUUGUAUAUAACUGCCUUUAUUUUGCUGGACCCCAGGAAGAGUGGCUGCUGCCUUGGCAGGAACUAAUGGGGAUCCAUAAUAAACACAAAUAAUAUGGUGCUUGUAUUUCAGGUCUAAGGUGUUCAGGGGAGGUCUAUAAUAUGGUGCUUGUAUUUCAGGUUUUCAGGGGAGGUCUAUAAUAUCACUUUUGUUCUCUCCUCUGUCUCUGACUGCAGAGCCAUGGUGUUUGUGGUGGACAGUGCCAUCUUCCAGAAGGAAGUGAGAGACGUGGCUGAGUUCCUGUACUUCCUGUUGACUGACAGUGCUGUGUACAGGAAUGUCCCCUCUCUUAUAGUGGCCUGCAACAAGCAAGGUGACACAUCACACUGUUCAACCAUCUCCCUCCCUCUACAAAAACCUCCCCAGGAUGACGCUAUGUGUUUAUGAUUUACUGAUUUUGAAAGUAGUGUUACUUAAUAUAUUUUCCGUCUCUAGAUAUCACCAUGGCAAAAUCUGCUAAACUGAUUCGGCAGCAGCUGGAGAAAGAGAUGUAGGUAAUCCUCCUGUUACCAACAUCAACACUAGGGCCGGGAUGAUACCAGUAGAGAAAGAUAUGUAGAUAAUCCUCCUGUUACCAACAUCAACACUAGGGCUGGGAUGAUACCAGUAGAGAAAGAGAUGUAGGUAAUCCUCCUGUUACCAACAUCAACACUAGGGCUGGGAUGAUACCAGUAGAGAAAGAGAUGUAGAUAAUCCUCCUGUUACCAACAUCAACACUAGGGCCGGGAUGAUACCAGUUGAGAAAGAGAUGUAGAUAAUCCUCCUGUUACCAACAUCAACACUAGGGCCGGGAUGAUACCAGUCUCACAACACUCGUUAGUACCAUGGCAACGAAACAAAACACGAAGCAGAUUUAACUUCUUUAGGAAAACCGCACACAAUAUUUUACAUACAGCAGGAUUUUAAGGACCGACUCAUUUGGUGUGUUUUCAUUUUUGCCAUGGAAAAAGUAUUUUCUUACUGAGAAAGUCACAGCCAUAAUGUAAAUGGAAGUGUGAUUCUACAGAAUGAAUUGAUCCCAACCUGUCCCGUUUCCCCUCAGGAACACUCUGAGAGUGACACGGUCUGCUGCUCUGAGCGCCCAGGACGGGUCUGCGGGGGCCAGCGUGCACCUGGGGAAGAAGGGCAAGGACUUUGAGUUCAGCCAGCUGCCCAUGAAGGUGGAGUUCCUGGAGUGCAGCGCCCGCGGCAGCAAGGGGGAGGACGGGGAGGCAGACAUCGCCAGCCUUGAGAAGAGCCUGGCCAAGCUGUGAGACGGCUGGGUCUCGUCACUAUCUCCCAUUUAGCGCACUACUUUGGCCAAGAGCCCUUGCGUGGGUGCACUAUGGGGAAUAGGCCAAGGACUCUAAGCAUAUCAGGUGUCUCAGUCGGUCUUCAGGACUCGACUCAACACCACAACACUAUGGAAGUGAAUAACGUCUUGUGCUGACAUCACCAGGUCAGCAGUGGCACCUGAUGUAGUGAAUGCCAAUUUGCAGAAAGGUCUAAUUUCAACAUGCUUUGCUCGUCUCUAGCAGGUGUUACUUUGUUUCUAGCAGAUGACCCGUCCUUUUCAUAGUGGAUACUCUCACCCACUGCUAUGAAACAAUGUCAACAUCUAUUUGUAUUAUCUUUGUCUAUUUGUUUUUUUUCCUCAUCAGCAUUUGAAACCUCCCUGUCAAUCAUGAUAUCCUGUGAAGAGAUAUUUACUGAACCCACCUCAGAUGAGGCAUCAGAUUUCUCCAUUAGAUUACAACAGUUUGUAUUGCAAAAUCAGCAUUGGUUCCUUUCUGGAAUGGUUCAGUUAUGUUUUGUCUUAUUCAACUUUUUAAAUAAAAUCUGUUUACAUA